AUGGGUUCCACACGACUCUACAGCAAGGGCCGCGUCCUCGGCCACAAGCGCGGCAAGCGCAACACCCACCCCAACACCUCUCUUCUCCAGAUCGAGGGCGUCGCCAACAAGGAGGACGCUCAGUUCUACCUCGGCAAGCGCGUUGCAUACGUCUACCGCGCCAAGAGCGAGGUCCGUGGCUCGAAGAUCCGCGUCAUCUGGGGUCGUGUCACCCGCCCGCACGGCAACGGCGGUGUCGUCAAGUCAAAAUUCAGGUCAAACCUGCCCCCGCACGCCUUUGGCGCGUCUGUCCGCAUCAUGCUGUACCCCUCGAACAUCUAA